AUGCCAGCGCAGUGGGGUCCGGAUGGAGGCGGGGCCCGGUUAGCGUUGGUCCCUGCCAAGCAUUCAACCUGCAAUAAAUCCGAAUACACCACCAUGCGGUAAUGAAGGCGCGCCUUUCGCACGGCCCUUCGACACGACUCUCUCUUACGAUAGCGAUUUCCCUAAAACGAGGAAAUGGCGACCACGGUGACGGGGAGGGCCAAUGGCACGAAUGGCCGUCUGGAGAAGAGGGGGAACGAUCGGAAAGGGGAAAGGAGUUGGAGAGAUGCAGGGAGGCAGGACGAGAAGACGGAUCGGACGAGAUGGCGGAUGAAGAACGACGGAGGGGUGCAUACGUGGCACUAUCUGAGUGAGGAGGAGGCGGCGAGGUGGCCGAUGAGUAGGGCGGAUAAGUGGUAUUUGGGCAUGGACACGGGCGCCCCGACUCUCCCACCCCCCAAAACCCCCCUCCAAGCCGCCACCAACGGCUUCAGCUUCUUCUCCGCCCUCCAACUGCCCCCUGGAAACUGGGGCUGCGAGUACGGCGGCCCCAUGUUCCUCCUCCCCGGCCUCGUCAUAACGUGGUACGUGACGGAAACCCCGAUCCCGACCUCCCACGCCAUCGAAAUCAAAAACUACAUCUUUGCCCGCCAGCAUCCCGUCGACGGCGGCUGGGGCCUGCACAUCGAGGGAGAGAGCUCCGUCUUUGGCACCGCGAUGAAUUACACCGUGCUCCGGCUGCUGGGCGUCGAUGCCGAGGACCCGCGGCUCGUCAAGGCGCGCGAGACGCUGUGGAAACUGGGCGGUGCGCUAAAUGGGCCGCACUGGGCGAAGUUCUGGCUGAGUGUGCUGGGCGUCUUGCACUGGGACGUGGUGAAUCCAUGUCCACCGGAGCUGUGGCUGUUGCCGGAUUGGGUGCCCGUUGCGCCGUGGCGGUGGUGGAUCCAUAUGCGCCAGGUAUUUCAGCCCAUGUCGUUCAUCUACAGCCGGAGGUGGAGUUAUCCGUUGAAUGACCUGACGAGGGAGUUGAGGAAGGAGCUUGUGCCCGAGCCAUUUGACAGCAUCAACUUCGAUGCAAGGAGGAAUACGAUUGCGCCGACGGAUAAUUAUCACCCCAAGACGUGGAUCCUGAGAGUCUUGUUUUGGUUCCUUGCGUGGAUCUGGUUUCCCCUACUGCGGACCGAGGGGUUGAAGAGGAGAGCCGAGGAGCAUGUGUGGUGGCUCAUUGAGCGCGAGGAUGAGAAUACAGACUAUGCGAAUCUGGGGCCUGUGAACGGCCCUAUGAAUACGUUGGUGUCGUAUAUCAAGCUGGGCCCGGAUUCUGUGCCGUUUAAGGAGCAUCUCAAGACGUUACCGGAGUUUCUCUGGAUGAACAAGGAGGGUAUGCUGAUGAAUGGGACGAAUGGCGUGCAGGUGUGGGACACGGCCUUCACGAUUCAAGCGGCUAAUGACUGCGGCUUCACGGCCGAUCCUAAAUGGCAUAAGACGCUCACCAAGGCACUCGAGUUCCUCGAAGAUCACCAAAUCCGCGCAGAAUGUCGCGAGCAGGCGAAAUGCUACCGCCAGCAACGCAAGGGCGCAUGGGGCUUCUCGAACCGCAAGCAAGGCUACACGGUCUCGGACUGCACCUCCGAGGGCCUCAAAUCCGUGCUGAUCCUGCAGAAACACCCCUCGGGCGCAUACCCCCAGCUCGUCCCCGAUGAGCGCCUCAAAGACGCCAUCGACGUGCUCCUAACCAUGCAGAACCCGUCCGGCGGCUGCGCCAGCUACGAACCUACACGGGGAUCGGAGCUGCUCGAGUAUCUGAAUGCGGCCGAGGUGUUUGGCAAGAUUAUGGUCGAGUACGAUUACCCAGAGUGCACGACGGCCGUCAUCACGGGCUUGCACCUCUUCCAGAAGUACUACCCGGAUUACCGGACAGAGGAGAUUCGGAGAUUCAAGGAGAGGGCGAUCAACUACAUUCGACGCGCCCAGCGCCCGGACGGGUCAUGGUACGGCGCGUGGGGCAUCUGCUUCACGUACGCUACCUGGUUCGCUCUCGAGAGUCUGGCGUGCGCGGGGGAGACUUAUGCUAAUAGCGAGAGGGUGCGGCGGGCAUGCCUCUUCUUGCUGGGUCAUCAGAUGGAGGAUGGAGGGUGGGGGGAGACGUAUAGGAGCUGCGAGAUUGGCGAGUGGUGCCAGCAUGAGAAGAGUCAGGUUGUGCAGACUGCGUGGGCGUUGGUGGGGCUGUUGGAGGCGGAGUAUCCGGAGAAGGAACCUAUAAAGAAGGGGAUUCGGCUUAUUAUGGAGAGACAGCAGGCUAAUGGGGAGUGGUUGCAGGAAGCGAUUGAGGGGGUCUUCAACAAGAGCUGUAUGAUUUCCUACCCAAACUACAAAUUUAUUUUCACGAUCAAGGCGCUUGGUAUGUAUGCGAAGAGGUUCGGGGAUGAGGAGAUAUUGUAAGCUUAAUAGCGGCUUGGGGUACGAUAUAAUGAAUCUAGAGCUGGAACCUCGUCUGGAAAUGAGUAAUGUAAUGCGGGGAAGCUUGGAGGUCGGAGGAGGGAGGAGGAUGUCAUCGAUUAUGGAUGGUAAUCUAAAUCACGGAGACCAACGAGCGAGAGAAACACAAUCAAUCUACGGGCUCGAAAAGAAUAAUCAACAGAAGUGUGCAGUUCGCAUCCUGCUGUGAGAGAGGCAUAGCGGGAUUACGACCUGUGUCCU